AUGAAUGGAGAGGAAUAAUUAGAGUGAUAAAGCAUAGCGGUCCAAUCAAUGAUGAAAUGGUGAGCUUCUGCAACUGCAAAUGAUACUAUGAGUUAUCAUCGUCAACUGAUAAUCAAAGCUUCAGCUUCACGGGGAGGUAAACUAUUUAUUAAUUCUGGCCGAAAACAAGCACGCACCCAACAGAAAAAAUAUAUGUAAACAUGGAAUACACAUCUCCAAAUCUAGUCCUUCAAGCUUCCGCUCUAGGACCUUCUCAAACUCAAUGCCGCAUGAAAUUCUGAAAGAUAAAAUCAAUUUGUGGAGAGAGAGAGAGAUAGUUGAUUUUGUGAUUAUAUAUUCUAAAAAAGGUCGGGAGCAAUCGAGAUAUAACAUGAGCUACGGAGAAGAAAAUCAUCCAUGGAGCGCAUUUGACGGUGUUAAGACUAUAUCCGUUGCUCCCGAGGCUCUCAUGGUUGAGAUUAACUCCGCCAUUGCUGCUCUCGAGUAUGCUCGUGCUGCGAUCUUCUCACAAUCUCCUGAUCCUGCUCCAAAGGCCAAAACCCCUAAUAAAAAACCAGCUUCUAGCUCUGAUGCUCAGAUAGCCGAUGAAGCUUACAAAGCCGGAUUGGCAUCCAUGUCAGCAGGGAGAGUCGAUGAGGCUAUUAUUUCAUUAAACAUCGCUCUCUCCAAAUGCCCGCCUGAGAAGACUUCUGCUGUUGCUAAGAUCCAGUCUCUGAUUUCCGUGGCAUCCCAACGACACAAGUCUUCUAAUUGAUUCAUUUUUUAAAGAAAAAUUCACCCCUUUGAUGUGUUUUUCAGUUAUGCAUAUUCUCAUGUACUACUAUACUUUUCCCAUUUGUUCGGGACCUGAUAAUGAGGGAAAAAUACGUGGAUAGGACGACUCCCUAAAUCUAUACCUCUACAUUAAGUGAGAUCUGUCAUAUUUUGGCUCACAGGUUUGAGUGCUGCAUCUUGUCGCAGUGGAGAUCAACAGAGCAAUGGAUGUUUUCUGAUAGCUUGGUUCUUGAUGUAGAGAAGUGUUGCUCGGACUAUGUGAAAACGGUAUUCUUCCUUUUCCUCUGCAGUUGCUUUUGUGAAAAUGAUCCUACUGAAUGUAGAUAUAGCUAUUUAGGAAUGGUCUUAUUGCAGAAAUUAAUUGAUUCAAGUUGAUAAUAUAUAGUUAAUCUAGGGGUUAUAUACCCCUGCAUGUAAUGCUUAGAUAUAUGUAGCAUUUUUUAGACAUAUGCAGCAUUUGCAUGCAAAUUUUAUGAAAAGGGAGCAUAUUUCUUCUCAGUUAUGCAUGCCUCAUGUGCUUUGAUGUUAUUAUUGAACGCGUAACAUUUUCAAAAUUUGAAAUAAUUAUAAUAAUAAUAAUAAUAAUAAUAAUAAUAAUAAUAAUAAUAAAUACUAUGAAAAACUAGAGAUUAACUCGGAUUAGGUCUCUGAUAAAUCUUAUACCUUCUUAUUAUUGAACAGUUUUGUUAUAAGUUUGAAGGAAUAUUGGUAAACUUUUCUAUCUGCUUUUUAAACUUUGGCUUCACCCCAAAGACUCAAGUGUGAAGAAAAUGGAAGAAGGUGAGGGGCUACUGUCAUUGAAAAGACUCAUAAUCAGACAUGAAAUCACAAAGAUACAUAUACAUAUAUAUAGAUAUGUGUGUGUGUAAAUCUUCAACACAUCCAUUCAUCACAAAAAUACAUAUAUAUUCAUCUUGUUUGUUUCUCAUCACGACUAUGUUUUAUCGGUAUCCUUGCAUCAGGUGCAAAUCUCUUUCUUCUUCUGCUUUGAAAUAUAGGUUUUCCCGAUGCCCUCUCUUUCCGAAAAAGUUCUCCGGUUUUGAGCUCCUGAGCAGAAGAUGCAGCCUGCGAUUUUGAUGAAGAAGAUGAAGUAACUCUCAUCUCAUCACCUCUAUGUUUCCGUGUUAGAAUCUGACAUACACGGAGUCCAAAUGCAAUCGCAAGUCUGCCAUUGGGAUAGAUACCUUGAAAUGGGCUCUCUGUCCACAACACUUCUUGCUCGCUCGAAAAGGGAGGCGAAACUCGGGCAGAGAGUAGUAAGGGGUCUUCUUCUGCUGCAGGUAGCCGGCUUUCCAGAUGUUUGAGCGCUACAAGCUAUGAUGCGUUUUUCUCAGUCAAGACAAGACGCAUUUCUCGCAAUCCUCGAGCUUGAACAAGAUAGAUUUUCAAGAUCUCACCAAGCAGUCCAUUGUUAUUCUAGAGCUCUUGUGGUACCAAGGGUGGCCGUUUGUUUGGCCUCUGCAAGAGGGCCUUUUUGCUGCCUCCUCUGCCCAAGUUACCGUCCGAUUCGUGGUCGUGGAGGAAGAGCGGCGGAGCCGCCACGAUACAUGGAUGAUGACGUGUAUUGCUUGAAUGUGAUUUCAAUCUUGUUUUAAUGAAAUGAGAAACAUAAUAAGGCUGCAAAGAAUUGUACUGUACUACUAAUUUUGAUGUAACAACUAAUGGUUUUGCAUAUGGCCAUGUCAAUUUGUAGUCAAGAAACCUCAAUACCACUUUCGAUCAUCAA